AUGGAACCACCGGUAGGAAACGCGGGGGGGGAGGGGGGUUCCCCGGGUCCGCCCCCCCCAGGGGAUGCGGGGGGUGGGCUGCGCCCGCCUGAAGCAGCUCCUGCUGCUCGUUGAGCAGACCUUCCCACAAUGCUCCGCGGGCGGGCGUGUUUGUGUGUUGGGGCUCCCAGCAUCCCCUUCGGAGGGGCACGAACGUGUGAAUGGGCUCCCUUCUGCUGCUGGCACGCUAGCUGUCCGCAUAGGAUUGUUCCUGGGGGCGGGAUACGGGCCGCGCUCCAAGGCUGCUGGCUCCUUUCUCUCCCCCGGCCCCCGCUUUUAAGAGCUGCGAGAUGAGCACAACUGCAGCAUGUGAAACAACUCUUCUCCACAGGCACACCCGGCCAAUAUGGAGAUGUAAUUGGGGGUGGGUGGGGAGAAUGUGGCAACUCUUCUUUAUAUCUCCAGGCAAAAGGGAAAAAAAUUGCUUCCUUUCGCAGUACUUCAGCAUCCCUUUACUCUCCCCCCCCUAAAAAAAAAAAAUCACGUGCACACAAGGUGGGAACCGUCACAGCUCUAAAAUAUUUGUUUUUUAGCGUGUUGACCUGGCAUGAUUUAAGAACCCUGGGCGCAUGGGUGACUGGAUGUGGCACGAAUUUAGGUUGCUACAGGGGGAAAGUCUUAAGGUGGCGGCGGAGAGGGGGAUGGUUAUCUUUAUUCUUUGUCACCACACUGUUGUUCCCAUAUAUCAAGUGGAUUAUUAGGGUAAGGUUCCUCACUUGCUUCAGAGAAGGGAGGACUAAGUGUAUGAAGUAGCUGUUGUAGCAGAGAGAACUGGACUUUGAACUCUUGCACUAAAGGAGUCCUGUUGCUUUAGGGUAGGAGUGGCUGACCUGUGGCUCUUGGACACAGUGUGGCAGGUAGAUUGGGUGGAGGUGUCCCUCUGCUCAGCUCUGCUGGCCGCCACCUGCGCAGUGGCAUCCACAUCAGUCUGCCAGUAUGGACCCCCCUGUACUGCCUGCUGAGCCUGCAAGUGUAUGGAAGUGCCACUGGCAGGAUCCCUGUCAGCAGCAGCCCACACAAAGCCCCAAAAUUGGGUGACGUGAAGGCAGGGAAGGGCUGAACCAGCCUGAGAUCCAUUGCAUUGCAAGUCAGCCUCACUGCUGAUGGUACCGGACCCAGUCUCCAUCCAACUGCUGCACCAGCUCCAGGCAUCCCCACACCUUCCACCCUGGCCAGCCGAAACAGCAUGGGUGUAGCUAAUCAAUAAAAACCAGCAAAAUACAUAGCUAACAGGUUCUGCCCUCCCUAACAAAAGUCCUGCCCCCCUAACAAAAAUCCUGACUGCGCCCAUGGCAGCCAUGGCAAUCUGAUAAACAGCACUUCUGUCUGCUCAGGGUUUGGAUUUUGCAGCCUAAAUGAUGUUGGACUCUCAAUUCCUAUAAUCUCUGACCAUUGGUCAUGUUAGCUGAGGUGGAGUCUAACAACAUCUGGAGGGCCACAGGUUCCCUAUCCUUGGUUUAGGAAAAAACACAAAGGGGAAGGGGGAGCAGGAAGGAUAUAGGAAGAGUUCUUCCUGGACACCUUUCCAAACAAAAUUCUGUAGUUGCCAGUGGCCCAAGGUUAUUCCCUGAUGGCACAGAUGAAAUGUUAAUGAGCAAGGGAGGCAGGGAAUGUUUUUACCCUCCUAUUUAGCUUCAAUAACAAUUGAUGUCUCUCUUUUGCAUGGAAGUUGCUGAUUCGGGAUCCUCACAUGCUUGUGAACUUUUCAGAUAGAAGGAGUGAUAACUGGCCUUUAAUUACCAUGUGAUUGCCUGCCCUGCCUUUCCAAAGUAAAUAGUGUGCCAAAUGUAGCUAUUGAAACUUUGUCCUUCUACAAACCAUGUUUCAAUUGCUGCGGGCCUAGAGUGUCACACAUUAACUUGGGCUGCUGGGCUGAUGAAUGGAUUGGUAGUUGAAAGAGCACCUUUGCUGCAGCACCUGCAACUUGGUACAGAACAGAUUUCCUGGUUCUCUCUGUUUCAAAAACAAGUAGACAAGAAACAUCCAGCUCUUGUCUGUUUUGGAUCGCAAACUUGGGACAAAACAAGUCUUGUGUGUCACCUUAAAGAUUAACUAAGGACCCAAAAUGUUCCAGGAGAAAGGACUUAUAAGUAACAUAGAUUGUGUAUUGGUUGUGGUGGGAAUGAAAAAGGAAAACUGAGCAGGAGACAGGGAGAAACAUACACCCUAUAUCAGUGUGGCAGCUUAAUUUGCUCAGAAGCAGGUGAUGAGCUUCUCUUUCCUAUCUGCAGCAGUGAUGUGAUUUUUCCUGUAUGCACAUCAGUACAUCUGCUUAGGUAAGAAAAGAAGUUAGGAGCAGCUGCUACAGCCAACCUUCCUCUAACCUGCAUAAGGCGCAAAGCCAGGACUGCUAUGUCUCCAGCUAGCUGUGUGCUCUCUCCUUCAACUCACCAAAGUGUCCCCACCUUACAUGCUUCCUGCCCUCUGUUCCAGCUUCUCACCUGGAAGCAGUUGUUACUAGCCAUGAGCAAAGGGCUAAUUGCAAGCAUGUUUGUGUUGCUUUUACCUGGAGUUGGUCCCAACUAAUUAUGCUGCUGCUUUCUUUUUAUUGUGCAGUUGUUGAAUGACGCAGAGGAGAUAGCUGCUUUGUAUCGUGAGCUUAGCCAGUUCCCAUCUCUUUCCAGUGCCUCUAUUGGGCCAGAGGUAACAACUCAGUAUGGUGGGAAAUACUGCAACCUUUACACAGGUAAACCUCUCCCUCGUAGUUGCCAGCAUUAGUUGAGACCCAUGUUUAUAUUGCGAUUCACUUUGGGAUGCCUCAUGAGAAGCAAUGAGUACAUUUUUCUUUGCCUUGCCUUGAACCAUCACUCCUGACAAAAUAAACCAGGAGACUAGCUUUUAGCACCAGGGUUUCUGUGGCUUUGACUGGCUGGUUCCUGUGCUUCAGUAUCAAACCAACUUUCAUCUUUCUCUGAUGAUCAUAAGAAAUAAAGCCCAAAGAUAGAGCUGUUGGCAUUCUUGACUCUGAACCAGGAAUGGGCAUGAUGGGCCUUUAUACAUACAUUCAAUGUAUAGGCGACCCUAUAACUGAAGUUCUCUGGGCAGCUUAAUGGGAUUUAAAACACACACAGAGAGACCAAAAUUAACAGUAAAACAAACUACAAUCCGCAUCAUUACAUAGUCACAAAUCACAUUAAAACAGGUCCCUGGGUAUGGUCUGAAUGCACAUGAGGUCACCGCUUUGCUGAAGCUAAGCAGGCCUGAGUAUGGUCAGUGUCUGGAUGGGAGACCACCUGCCAACCACAUUGUGAGCCAUGACAGAAGAAGGGUGGGAUAUAAAUGUAGGAAAGUAAAUAAAAUACUUUUUGCAGCAACAAAUCAAUGUAAAAUGGGGGGGGGGGCAAUGGAAUAAAAUCUGCAGAAGUCAAACUAGGAUGAAAUCAUAACUUUAGACAUGGGGAAAUAAAGUUAUUUGACUGAUGUUGGAAAUAUAUUAAGGUAGGUUUACAGGCAAGUCUCUUGUGUGGGGAGACUCUUCUUGUCUGCUCCUGGUCUUGCCUGAAAUAGUUGGGGGAAGAGGAGGAUGGGACAGUGAUGUUGGGAUUUUUUUGUGGUAGAGGAAGAUUGGUUCUUUCUGUGGUAGGCUGGACAGAACUGAGUUCUCUCCCUCCCUUUACAGAGUGGUCUCAGCGAGACUUGGAAAGAGCUGAAAAUAUAAAAUUCUGCCAUCAGUACCUCAUCUUCCAUGACAGCCACUCCAUUGUGUACUCAAGCCCCUCUGGCAAUUGCACGGAAAUCAAGGGAGAGUAAGUCUCUUGUUUGUUGUGUUUCACCACGCUUUCUGCAGAAACAGCAGAUCACUACCCGAAGCCUUGUGCUGAAGGGGGUCUCCCAAGGAUCAGCACAGCCUUGAACCUCCAUGUCAGGGAACUGCCAUCAGUGCCGGAGGGAGAGAGCAAAAUCCAGAGGGAUUCCAGAGAGCGUCCUGGGAUUGGGAGAGGCAGCCCAUCUUCUGGGGAAGAGAAUCAGCGUAGCACCAGUGGAGAAGGGGGGCAGAUGGGGGAAGCGGCGAGGCGGUCCCAUGACUCCUUGCCAGGGACCAGCGGGGAGAGUAGAGGUCCUCCGCUGCCUACGCCCUCCUUGCACAGAAGGCUUUCGCACAGAGAGAGAGUAGGAGGAGACUAGGCGUCAAAGAGCUUCUUUGCUGGAAGAAGUUUAAGAAACGCCCACUGACGGAUUCUGCCAGCGAUUGAGACAGCCACGGGUAAGUGGCUGUCCGGACAGAAAAGGUUCACUCAGGCAACCCAGCCAGGUGUUUGUGCCGGCUUACGCACGAGGAACCCCUAGAACCACUACACUCCAGUGCCAGGGAUACAUGUUCUGCACCAAAACAAUCCGAAUCCUUUAAUGAGAUCAGACUGCUUUACAGUGGUGCCCCGCAAGACGAAUGCCUCGCAAGACGGAAAAACCGCUAGACGAAAGGGUUUUCCGUUUUGAAGUUGCUUCGCAGGACGAAUUCCCCUAUGGGCUUGCUUCGCAAGACGAAAAUAUCUUGCGAGUCUUGAGAUUUUUUUUUCGCUUUUCCCCCCCUUUAUCUAAUCUGCUAAGCCUUUAAUAGCGUUUAAUAGCCUUUUAGCAGCUAAUCCCCUAAGCCUUUAAGCCUUUAAUAGCCGCUAAACCGCUAAUAGCGCUAAUAGCGCUAAUCCGUCAAUGGGCUUGCUUCGCAAGACGAAAAAACCGCUAGACGAAGACUCUCGUGGAACGGAUUAAUUUCGUCUUGCGAGGCACCACUGUAUUUUCAAAAUUAUUUGAGAGUCCAUAAUUUUGGACCGAAGGGGCCUCUAAGGCAGCUGACUGAAAAUCAGAACACUAAAACAAUGGUUAAGUGCCCUAAUCUGCAAUAUCUAGCACUGUCAGAAGCCACAGGGAAAGACAAAACUGCAAACCUGCCCAGCAGCAUAUACUUACUGAACAGGAACUUCUGGAAAAUCCCAGUUUUUGCUGCUUACUAAAGAUAAGCAGGCCUUGGUUGGCAGGGGUGUUCCACAGCUGUGGCACCACACUUAAAAAGGCUCUCUCUUGUGUCAUCCUGCCCUGGGGAAACAUGUGAGGCGAGGUAGUUCUUCCAAUACAUUAUAUGUAUUGCCAUACAUUUACUUUAUUACCAAAUGACAAUGGAGAUAAUCCACACGACCCAUCCAUCCCUUUCAAUAUCCUAGCUUGGUGUGCUUCCAAAGCCUCUUGGGCUGCUCCCCUCAGGCCUAGCCGCCAUGGCCAGUGAUCUGAACUGAUGGGGAGUGGGGAGCCCAACAACACCUGGAGGGCCACAUGUCCCCUGCUUGUCCUAGAAGGAUGGGCACAGUCUGAGCUGCCUUCCUUUCUGGUACCUUCUUCGUCCUGGCCUGUGCCUGACCAAAGCCAUCUUUCCUAGGCUAACCAUGCUGUUUUCCUUCUUAGGCUGCUCAGUCGGGACUCUCCCAGUGGAGCACAGAAAGCCGUUCUACGAAAGACUAGCAACACCAAAGGCGAAGAGAAACAGUUCCUAGAGGUAUAUAUAGCUGGCUUGAAGAAAGCUGAGAGAAGAGACUUAUACCCUGGCUCUCUAAUAUGUUUCUGCUGUGUAAGGCAGACCUUCCAGAGAUGCUCUGCCCCUUCAUUCCCAGAGCAACAUGGCUUCAUAUUUGGCCUGUUUGCUCAGUGAUUCUCAAACUAUCUGUCACGCUUCCAACCCGGGAGGCAGUUGUAUGGCACUCUGACUUGAGUGGCUUUUGCUUCUUUUUGUUUGAAAGGAAAGGGGUCAGUUUGUGGCUCUUUCAUGCGGCUCAGAAUAGGUCCGGUCUCUGAGAAGACAUUGGGUACAUAAGCAAAGGGGUUCAGAGACUAAAUCUGCCAUGUGUCUGCUCCCACAGGUGUGGGAAAAGAACCGCAAGGUGAAGAGCAUCGAGUUGACAGCCCUGGAGAAGCAUGGCCAAGUGUACGAGGACGGUGAGAUUUCCUUGCAGCUCUGUUUCCAUUUGUAGGAGACAAGAGAAGAGGAUAGCUAGGCCCCAGCAUUCAUCCUUUCCUUGCAGCUCGGGAGUGCUGGUGGUGGUAGGGUGUUCUCCGAUAUCCCUGAUAUGCACUGAUAAGGGAAGUCAUUUUUGUCCUGUUUGAAAAGGGGACUUGGGAAACCUAGGAAUGCUUCUGGUCAUUGAAUUUUUGAUUGAGGUCAGUCAGUGAAAUCUAUUGUCAUCUUGUUCCCUGCCCCAGACCAAUUUGGCUGCUUGGCCUGGUCACACUCCGAGACGCACCUUCUCUACGUGGCGGAGAAGAAGCGCCCCAAGGCUGAGUCGUUCUUUAAGCCAAAAGCCCCUGAGCUGAGCAGUGAAGAGGAGCUGGCCAAGACAGAGCGACGAGAUAAAGCCAUUAAGGUAGAAUGAACUUCUGCUUUGCCUUGUGUCCUGCGAGCCAUUAUUUCAGUUUCUCUUCAUCAUCACCAUAUGCCAUUUUUUUUCCAUAUUCAAAGCAGCUCUGUUCAUAAGGCGAUGCACUACCAAUUACACUUAUACCUGAAAUGCAGUAAAGCUAAUGCUUGCAUCUUGAACAGUUGGCUCUGAGGGAGCAGUUGCCUCCAAAGGUGAUGUCCCUGCAGUGGAACUGCGGAGUUUGUAAGCAAAUGUGUGUGUGGGCUUCUCACUCUUCAGGAAGUGGGAAGCACUUGACUGACGCCAAGUUGAAAACCAGUGAUGCGGGCCCUGGCAAUCUCCCAGGCAGGUGAGACUCCCUUUGCUGUCACUCGAGCUGCCUCUGCAUCAGGAUCUCUCUUUGCUUUUCCUAGGGAGAGCAGUUUGUGUUCUACGAAGACUGGGGGGAGACCCUGGUGGCUAAAAGCACUCCUGUGCUGUGUGUAUUGGACAUUGAGAGCAACAACGUUUCGGUCCUGGAGAGCGUUCCAGAGCACAUCUCCCCUGGGCAGGUCAGUACAGGAUAAACUGAGGGAGAAGGUUGGCACCCAGUUAGAUAAGGGUAUUUUUAUUUAUUUUAAAUACUUGCAAUCUUCCUUCUAGCUCCAAGGAGGGUCUCUAAAAGCAACUUACAGAAGAUUUCCACAUGUUUGGUAUCUGGAACAGAAACAAUGUGGAGUCAUCCUCAGUGUUGCCUGUUACCCCCACCCCCAAAAGUGUUAUUUGCCAACUCCAAUACUAUAAUAGCUGUGCCAAAAUGGCUAGGAUAUAGUGGGAAGGACUCUGUGCUUGUCAGCCAAGAUGCUUUCUUCCUGGAAAGAUAAUUUCAAAAUUAUCUUCCAAGACAAGAGCCAGGGAGUGUUCCCCAUCCAUUUAAUUCCAGGUUUCCAUGGUAUAUAUUAGUUGGGUCUGCUCUUGUCUUCCAACCUGUCUUAACCCCGCAUGCUGGAGAUGUGCUAGAGUCACCCGCCUGCCUCUCCACACCUGACAUGGCAUUCCCUUCUCCCCCAGGCCUUCUGGGCUCCAGGCGACACUGGGGUGGUGUUCACAGGCUGGUGGCACGAGCCCUUCCGCCUAGGGUUGAGGUACUGCACCAAUCGUAGGUAAGUUUCCUAUCAGGACAAGUAAGAAUCCAAGUGGUAUUGACUAUAUUAGAUAGAUGAGGGACCAAUUGGGGGGGGGGAGAGUGGGCCUACGAACAUUCUGGAGUCUUUGGGGUUGGAGGUGCUUUGUAUGCCUGCAAAACACACCAGUAGCCAGUGAGGAUGUGGUCUUGUGGCUAUGGAGGAGCUUGUGUGGCUUCAUGCAGAUGAAGUAGGCACCCAGAUUGGACUUGGGCCCUUUUCGAUUCUAGAACUUGCCCAUUUUCUGUUUGGGAACCACCCUGCUGCCUCAUCAGGGUUCUUCACCCUGUCCUUUUAAACAGGGGGGGAAUUGUUUUUGUUUGUUACUAUGUUAUAUAUUUUUGUGAUUUUAUAUUGUAAACCACCCUGUGAUCCUCAGAUGAAGGUCGGUAUAAAAAUGUAAUUAAUAAUAAUAUUCCUGUUAUGUUCCUGUCUGGGUGAUGAAUGAGACACUAGCUUGCAGGGAGAAGAUAGAGGUCCCCACCCCCUUAGCCAGUCUCACAUGGUGCUCUCCCAUGUAAGCCCCACUUCUGUUUUGUGGUUUUCCUUCCAGAUCAGCUAUCUUCUAUGUGGACCUGACAGGUGGUCGUUGUGGUGAGACAUGUUUUCCUGUUUUAUCAUCGUCGUCAUCAUCAUCAUCAGCCAUGCAGUGACUUCUCAGUCCUCUUUUAAUUCACUGUAUCCCUUCCCAUUGCAGAGCUUUUAUCAGACGACAACAAAGCCAUUUGGUCUCCACGCCUGAGCCCAGACCAAUGUCGCAUUGUGUACCUGGAGAACCCGGCUUCUGGGCCUCACCAACAGUGCAGCCGUCUCUGCAUGGUGAGUAUUGCUUUUGAGCCUUAAGUCUUUGCAUGAGAGACGAAUAAGCUCCUGCCCUCUAUAUAGACUCCGGAGGUGAAGGCACAAGGAACACUUCUGAACUGGGCCCAGAGGUAGCAGGGGACCCAGACUCUUGAGUUUUCAUUUUGAAAAAUGUAAAUAUCUAGCCCUUUCCAGAAAGAAGGUUGUUACGAAGCAAAAUGCGGAGGCAUCAGUCUAACCCACUGCUUUGUAAGAAAUGAGCCGGCUCCUGUCUUUCUGUGCUGCAGCUGAAGGAGUACAGUCACAGUUGUGAAUGACUGAUGAGCACCGUGGAGAAAUAUUAGUCACAUACACACCAGGGAAAAGCAAACUACAGCUUCACAAUGUGUUACAGCUCAUGAAAAUUGAGGUUUUUGCCUGGUUUGGAGUUGGCACUGGGGGAGAGCAGUGUCAGGUAGAAAUUCAACAGGUCACAUAUUUUCUAGGACAGAAACACAAUUAUGGGGAAAGUUCCAGCUUUUGGCCUUCUGCCUGCCAGACAUCUUAUUACUUGCGUGUGGCCCUUGAUUUAUUGUUGGGUCCUCCUCCCUGCCCGUGGAAGAGAAUGUCAAUUCGUAUGUAUUUGCAUAUGGCCCAAUUUUUUUGCAAAUCGGAGGCCUCUUCUGCAGAUAGGGAAGUGGGCCCAGUCCCCAUGCAGAAAGUCCUGUUGGCAGCUUUGUGAACGAGUCCUUGAGCUCUUUGGCCUUUGCCAAACUGAUGUGUGAGAGAUCAGGCAAAGCUCUGGAUGAGCCUGAGUUAAUUCUGCCUUGUUGGCAACCAUAGUGGGGAAUCCAUAUUUGCUAGCAGGGGUUAUGAGGGUUGCUUCUUGGAGAGCUUGGUCAGAGGAAUUGAGGCAGAGCUCCUCAGUGAGAGCAUAAGGAGAACCAAGGCCUGUCAUUGUCCACCCAGAACUAUCACAUCAGGCCACUUCAGCACCUCCGUGAAGCAUGUAUUGAUGCUAUAAAAUAUUUGUGGGGCAAGAAGCUGUGCUGCACUGCCACAUCCUUUUCUGAUGCCUUUUGAUCUCUUUUGCCCCCAGUACGACUGGUACACAAAGCUCACUUCCGUCGUGGUGGAGAUUGUGCCUCGGCAGAGCCAAGGUGUGUAUUACAACCGUGCUGGAGCUCCCAGGGGUGUUUGAUGGGAUCCGAUGGAACCCUGUGGGUGUGCCAAGUAUUCCAUGUGCAACAACAAGCGAAGCCAAAUGUUAGGACCGCUGCAUAUCACGCACAGUCAUGUAUCUUGUUCAGAAUGGCCAACAUUUAUCACUGCGUUAGCUACAGGAGUGUGGAAUGUGAAAUCCGCCUAUAGGGCUGUGGAUGGUUUGAAAGAAACAAGGUGGUGUUAAGGAGGAACGAAAGGAGGAGAUUCUGGGGCAGUAGGGAAAAGACCUGAGCAUUGGGAAAACAUGAAAACCAACCACAGGCUGCUCAUGGCACCUUCUCUGUUAGGGUGUCUCUGGAAGCACCCCUUGGAAUCUUUCUAUAUGUGUUGGAAGCCGCCCAGGGUGGCUGGAGCAACCCAGCCAGUGGAGCAUAAAUAAUAAAAUUAUUAUUAUUAUUAUUAUUAUUAUUAUUAUUAUUAUUAUUAGAAGCAGCAGCAGCUUCUUUGCCUGCCUCAAGUUUGGAAUCAGCAAUAGCAAUUAGGUUCUGUGUCUUCAGCAAGUAUUUUUCUGCAGAAUCUUUUGCCAGUUUUUUUCAGGAAUUCAGAAUCCACAUCCACUUUGUCAUUAGAAAAGCAGGCUCAGUCGGCAGAUCCUGGCUGUGGACUAUCACGGAGACUGGCUGCAAAGAGGGAUUGGGGGGCCUUGGAAUAUAUAUGAAGAGAGACAGCAUCACGGCUAACCUUCUCAUUAGGCAGGGUGAAGUCACUUGUUACAGGUGGCAGAUUAUUAUCAUUUUUGUUACCCUGAAAGGGCAGGAAAUUGACAAGAAUUUAAUUUAUUUUUUAUCAUUUUUACCACGCUGGGGAAUGCCAGUUGGGGGGUUUUUGUUGUUUUUUUGCCAUGGUGUCAGAAUUUCAUGGGCUAUUUCUGGCUGGCAUCCAUGAAAGGGGCUUAUCAUGUGGCUUCCUGGCCCAGGGGCAUCCCUGUGUUUUCCACCGGAAGGGCAGCUGUUGUUUCAGUGAAGGCGCUUUGUCUCUUACAGGUGAAUUCACUGGGAUCUAUAGCACAGCACUGUCAGAGCACUGCUGGGCAGCAGACAGCCAGAGGGUGGUGCUGGACACAAUUCAACGUAGCAGGCAGGUAAGAACGAAGCAUAAAGUAUCUUGAGCUUCAGACUGAAGCCAGGGGUAGUUUGGGCAAACUAAGCACAAAGGGCACCUCCAAUCGAAGGCUUUAUUUGGCAACGGGCAAAUUGAAUCAGCACAUCUAAUAUCUUUAAACAUCAUGGGGAUCUCACAUUGAUCCACAUAACAAAGCAGAGGAUUAUAGCACCAUCUGAACAUUUGACUCUUUCCAAAUAGUGUGGUGGAGAAGGAAUUGUUGUGCAAAUCUUGCAGAACCUUGCUCGUGUGUGUGUGUCCCCAUUGAUGAAUUGCAGGACAGCUUGUUGUGUGAGAAGGUACUUUCUGGAUGCAACUGAGAGUAGAUCUCUCUCAUGCUGUCUUUUCCUCUAGGAGCUGAUUGUAGUUGAUACAGUGUCAGGCAGUGUGUGCUCUCUGACCAAGGGUAAGUAGCAAACUCCAUAACUUGGCCCUCCAUAAUUAGUUCCUUCCAGUAACAGCAGUCUAUGCUGUGUCCUGCCACUGCAAUCCUCUGAUCUUCUGGCAGAAGUGAGUCCUAAUUUGUUUAAUCUGUUUAAUCUGUUUGGGGCAAAGCUAUUCCAAGAGAACAGACAAGCCAUCUUGCAGUCUGUUGUUCAGGGAGUUCUUCAGACCUUUGUCAUCAGCCAGCACAGUUGGAGAUAAUUGUAUCUGGUGUCCUCACUUGCUUAUCUUUUGCUUUUUCUCCACCCUUUUUAGUAUCGCGCUAUACUGCCUUUGUAAGCAUUUGGGUGGAAGAUGCAUCCCAAGCCAAUAUCUUUAUCCUAGUUUCUUAAUGCCCACUGAUCAUCCAGUGUGAACACCCCCAUUGUUCUACUGACCUUUGCUUCACAUGCACUGCCCCCUCCUCCAACCCCCUCCAAAUCCUGCCAACGCUGCGUUCUUAAUUUUAGUUCAGGUUCCAGCCGUCAGCAGUUGGAAACUGGGAUGCAUCCAACAAAGCCAUAACACUCGCAGAAUGACUUGCGUUUGCACAACAGACCUUUCCCUAUCUCCUUACCCCACAACAGCCCCCUCCCAAAUCUAUUCUGGGAGUUUCCCCAAGCCCUGGAGCCGAUGGGGGGAGGAGAGUGAGGCGAACCUCCAUUGCACAAGCAGGAGGGCUUCUCUGGAUGCAACCCAUUUUGUUGCAUAUUCCGUCCAUUUUUAUAGAUUUUCCCGCAUGUCAAGUCAGUUUUUCUCUGCCCCAAAGCUUUGCUCGUAUCAGGCCAGCUUGCCCAGGCCUUCAGUGCUCAAAUGCAAACAUACCAGGUCAGAAACGAAGCGGUGAGGGUUGCACACUCCAAAUACGGGGGAAGAGAAAAACUUUGUUCUUUUACUAACCUAGGUUCCCGUCUUGGAAGCUGGGCCCUGCUCACUGUCGACAGAGAUCUGCUGGUGGCCAGAUUCUCCACUCCAAACUGCCCUCCCAUGCUUGUAAGUGUCCAGUGGCCAAAGGUUGGGCAGAGGGACCUGGGCUUGACACUCCUCAGAAUUGCUUGUUGCAGGAAUUCUAAAAUAAUACUUCCUAUGCUCUCUGUCACUUUAUGUUUUGCUUAGGAUUGCCCAAAUAUGAAAUAGACCAAGCCUGUAGACUUUGACUUAGGAACUGGCCUCUAUCAAAUUAAUCAGUUGAGGCCCCUUUAUCCUCAACUUGGGAAAUUAUUUUUUCGUCUUGUGUCAAAAAUUUGUUUGCACAAACUUUGUGGCUGGGAUGCAACAUCCUGUUAGUUAUGUGCUUAACUGAUUCUUUUUUAGGGGGGAGGGAGGGAAUUCUGAUGAGGGCAUUGUUGCCCAUAGUACAGAUUUUUACAGCCAAAGCUGAAACAGCACAGAGGCUGUAGGGUCAAGGAUUGUCGGCAGUGCAGUGUGUGAUGAUUAAGAGCCCAGGGACAGAACACAACAUCGACCCCCCACCCCCCGGUAUUUCCAUUGGGCUUGCCUCUUUUUUUCUUUUCAAAUAUCUGACAUGUGCUGCUAUUUAGGGGACAUGCUCUGCUCCUUAUGUUCUGGGUGACCUGGUGCGGUCCGAGUAAGAGAGAUCUGCUCCAGUGGUGCUGGAUUUUUCUAUGUCCUCUUGCUGCAGAUGGUGGCCUUCCUGCCUCCUGCUGGCAAGGAAGCUGAAGUUAACUGGGUGUGCCUGGAAGAAGCCAGCCCAAUUCAAGAAAUCUCUUGGGAUGUCCGUACCCUGCAGCCUCCUCCAGAACAGGACAACCCCCAGUAUGGUGAGGGCCCAGAGAAAAAGAAUUGGACAGACAUUGCCAGAGAUCAAGGAAUUUAAUUCCCAACUUUGAGCCAGAGAAGAAAUUGGGGCAUUGAGGCUGUGAUAUGCAGAUUGUGGGAGGAAAUUGACACCACUCACUUAGGCUAGAUCUGCCAUUGCAGGGAGAUGGAAUUAUCCUCCUCUCCUUCCCCUGUGUAUUGUUCUGGGAAGUUCUCCUGACCCUCCACAGCAGAUUGGAGGGAAGCACAGGGGGAAAGGCCUGUUGCUCUAGUGGGAGCCCUUGCGUUGACUUCUGUGAGUGUACUGGGUUAGUUGAAUCUAGGCCUUUGUGCCUGACUUUCACCAGAUCUGCAAACUGUUCUUUCCUCACAGCUGGCCUCAGUUUUGAAGCCAUCCUACUCCGGCCCACUCAGGAGCCAAAGAAGGCCAAGUUUCCAUUAGUGGUGUCACCUCAUGGUAAGUGCUUUGUCUUCAUUACUCCCUUCAAGGCACAGGGUGAUUCCUUCGCCCUUCAUCUCACUGGCACUCCCGUCUUCUCCUUUGCAGGAGGCCCACACUCAGUGUUCACCACCAGCUGGAUGCUAUACCCAGCAUUGCUCUGUCGGAUGGGGUUUGCUGUGCUGCUGGGUAAGUGGUGGCCCAGAGCAUUCUCAGUCACCCAGUGGGCUGCCGGGGUCUCAGUUUAUCUUAGAAUAGGGCAUCACAAUUAGGAGACUGGACUGUCAGUGGAUCCUCUCCCAUGACAGUGGUAAAUGACUGCAGCAUGGUCCAAAUCUCUUGGCCUUUUCCUGUCUAGUCCAGUCUGCCUCAGUUGCUCAACAGGUGUGCUAGGAGGUGUGACACUGGAGGAGGAAUGGCACAAGAAAGGCUUCUCGCCCUUCUGGAAAGCAGUGGUUGUGCUUUCAGGUGUAGGAGCUGCUGUGGGUGGCAGUAGCAGGUAGCAGGUAGUGAGAACUGGAGAUUCCUGCCAUGGUAUCAUCCUUCCAUUAGAGGAAGCAUCCUCCUGCCCAGUGAUUCUGCAGCCUGGUUGAGCAGAGUGACAUCUCCUUGAAGAGCAGGAGGCUCAGGUCUAGCAAAGAACUGGAGAUCUCAAUGAGCCUGUUUUUCUCCCUUCCCUAAGUGAAUUACCGAGGAUCACUAGGCUUUGGCCAGGACAGCGUGGACUCCCUUCCAGGGAAAGUGGGCAGUCAGGAUGUCAAGGAUGUGCAGGUAAGAGGGUUGCAAUCCCCCUUUCCAGGGCAAGCGGGGGGGGGGGUGGAGCUGUAGAUUUUUUCACUGGUGGGAAGAUGCUGCAGUGCUGUUUCCCCCCCUUGCACCCACCGCCUUCUUUGCAGUUCUGUGUGGAACAGGUGCUACAGGAGGAACUGACGGAUCCACAGAGAGUGGCCGUGCUUGGUGGUUCCCAUGGAGGCUUCCUAUCCUGCCAUCUCAUCGGCCAAUACCCUGGCACCUACAAGGCUUGCGUGGCCAGGAAUCCCGUGGUCAACGUGGCCUCCAUGGUCGGAAGCACUGACAUCCCUGACUGGUGCGUACCAAAGGCAGCCUGAGCAGCUGCAGUUUCUCCUUCAUGCUAUGGCUGCUGUAAUGAGGACACAAGAAGGCCCAUACUCCUGCAUCCUAUUCUCCCAGUGACCAACCAGCAGCUGCUGGGAAGCCUGCAAACAUGACCCAAGGGCAAGAGCACUCUCCCAAGGUGGUUCCCAACAAUUGGUAUUCAGAGACGUACCACCUCACGGUGAACACACCCAUCGUGGCUAGUAGCUAUUGAUAGUCUUAACACACACAUACCAUGAAUUAAUUGAAUUGUCCUUUAAAACCAUCCAAGUUGGUGACCAUCACUAUAUUCCAUAGUUUUUAUUUAUUUACCCAUUUAUAAUCUGCACUUUCAUAAAAUGCACUGGUCCCAAUGUACAGGGUUUACCCCGCUUUCUGCACCUGUCAGCUGGAAGAACUUUCCGUUUAUUCCGGCUCUCUGUUUCCCGUUCCCCCUGUUUUGAUACCUGCUGCACUGCUACUCCUAGGUGCCUGACGGAGGCUGGCUUGCCAUAUGACCAGACUGCCCUCCCAGAUCCCAGGCAAGGGGCAGAGAUGCUGCUUUGUUCACCUAUGCAAUACGUUGACAAGGUACAAUACACACAGACCUUCCCUCUCCACAUCCAUUGGUCCAAGAACUCCAUGAUUUCGCUACUUCGUUUUCAGAGCUUUGGUUUCUCCACCUGCCCUGAUAUCUUUGCCCUUUUUCCUCCUUAGGUUCAGACACCUGUUCUUUUAAUGAUCGGAGAGGAAGAUAGACGUGUACCCCCCAAGCAAGGCUUGGAGUAUUACCGUGCUCUCAAGGCCAAGGGUGUCCCAACCCGGUAAGCAUAAUAGGCAAACUUGGCAAAUAAUGCAAAGGAGCUGGCUGAAAGGAGCCUCUAUAGGGACAAAGGGGUGGUGGUCAAGAGGCUAGAAAUAUAUGCGACUGGGUCAGGAGGGGAGAAUUGUGUGUGGGCAGAAGGUCUGGCAAGAGAGAGUGAUGUGUAAAAUAAAUGCAUUACACCUAAUAUAUGUGUCUCUCUCUUUCUAGAAUGCUGCUUUAUCCGGGCAAUAACCAUUCACUCUCUGGUGUGGAGGCCGAGGCAGACGGUUUCAUGAAUAUUGCACUCUGGCUGAUCCAGCACCUGAAAUGA